CACAAGUGCGUCACACUGUGGUUAAUCCGAAACCUUUAAAGAACAGGGCGCUCACAAACGGCUUCAAACGACAGACUCAACUCAGUUGCAUCCUUCUAACCUCUCUUACUGUGAACUCUGGAACACCUGAAAACAUAUUUCAGACAAGUAUUCAGAGAAACUUCAGAGAAUAAAAAAUGAAAAACAUGACUGACACUUUGGCUACCUUUUUCACAACAGUCACUCCAACAGAUGAUUAUGGCAGUGGUUCUGGUGAUUAUGACUUUGACAGCCCGUGUGAUAAGAGCAUGGUGCGACGCUUCCGCAUGUACUAUGAGCCCCCUUUGUACUUGCUUAUCGUCAUUCUGGGCUUCACAGGGAACCUGCUGGUGCUCUGGAUCUACACGAAUGUCAAGAAUCGCCUGAAGACCAUGACAGAUGUGUACCUGCUGAACCUAGCCUUGGCUGACCUGUUCUUCUUGUGUACGCUUCCCUUAUGGGCUGUGGAUGCCAUGAAGGGCUGGGCAUUUGGCACGGCUCUGUGCAAGGGCACAUCAGCACUGUACAAGAUCAACUUCUUCAGCAGCAUGUUUCUGCUGACUUGCAUCAGCGUGGACCGGUACAUCUCAAUCGUGCAGAGCACCAAGGCACAGAACUCCAAGGAGCUGCGUCUGGCCUGCAGCAAAGUGGUGUGCGUGUUUGUCUGGCUCCUGGCCACCAUAUUGUCCAUUCCAGAGUUUCUCUUUGCCCAAGCCAAAGUGGACUCUGAGGACAAUCAUUUUUGCACCAUGGUCUACUGGAACAAUGAAAACAACCAUACAAAGAUCCUGGUCCUGUCUCUCCAGAUCUGCAUGGGCUUCUGCAUUCCGCUCCUAGUCAUGAUCUACUGCUACUCUGUCAUCAUUAGAACCUUGCUCAAGGCCAAGAACUUUGAGAAGCACAAAGCAUUGCGUGUCAUCCUGGCAGUUGUGAUGGUGUUCAUCCUUUCUCAGCUGCCAUACAAUAGCAUGCUGGUGGUCGAGGCGACACAGGCAGCAAACACCACCAUCACAAAUUGUGCCGAGGCCCGGGGCUUUGACAUCGCCAGCCAGAUCAUGAAGAGUGUGGCUUACAUGCACAGCUGCCUCAACCCGUUCCUGUAUGCCUUCAUUGGGGUACGUUUUCGAAAAGACCUGAAAAGGCUGUACAGAAAGUAUGGAUGCAUGACAUCCAAAUCCGGCAAACAUGGAGGUCCACUUCGCUCUUCUGUCAUGUCUGAUACAGAAAGCACCAUGGCUUUCUCACUGUAAACUCAACCUUGGGAAAGUAUUAACCCAUGAGUUCAGGACUGAGUUCUCAAAAUGCUGCCAGAAAGUUCAUGAAUCUCUGAAUCGUGGUAGAGAGACAGAUUUCUUCUGAGCAACAAAAGUUGCCUCAGAUGAAUGCAGGAUCCUUCUCUAUCUGCCAAAUGCUAAGGCCAGUGAAAAGAGAUGUGUAUGUAUAGAAGCCCGUUAAUAAGGAAUAAUUACACAGAAUGUACAGAGUGGUUAUGUUAUUUUCUCCAUGUCAUAUGUUGUAUUAAAGAAGGCUGUGUUCUCCUUCCUUCAAAGCUAUGUAAAUAACUUUAAGUGAUAUGUAUGACUGAUUAUUUUUAUGUCUGACUUUCAGGACUCCAGGUGUAUCACCUUUGUUUGCUGCAAGAACUUGUACUUCUGUAUGCAUUUUCUUUUUAUCGUCACAGUAUUACAUGGAAAUCAAUGUAAUGCGAAACUGAGCCAGUAUAUAUAUAUAUGUUUGAUGAGACUUUUUUGUACCAAGACUAAAUUAAAUUCCAGUUAAAACUAA